UUCGAAGGAAAAAGUGACUGUAAAAGUGCAAAAUUUUGUAAACCAAAGUCAAUUAUUGCAAAGAAACGUAACAAGAUUGAAUCAAUUAUUGUAUUUUAAAGCGGCUUGUUUGGAUUUACAAGCUGUGCUCUUUUACUAAAAUGUUAGAAUUUUAUCCAAUGCCUACGAAUCUAAAUCAUGGUGCCUCCUUGUAUCCCCAUCACCAUCCCCCCCAUCAUCAUCAUGGGCAAAAUCAUGGGGGUGCCAGAUUUCUGGAUAACCCCAACAGCAACCUGGCGAGUCAAAAUAUAAAUAUCAACAACAAUGGCAACAGCAACAACAACACCAGCGGCAAUAACAAUAACACCAUGAAUCAUCAUCAGCAGAUGAUGGUCUCACCCAGUCUGGGAGCUUGUCCGCCAGCACAAAAUAAUCAUAACAACUCUUUAACCACCUGCUCGACAGCUUCAUUAACAGCAGCGGCAGCAACAGCCCAGCAAAACAAUUGUCUGCCCUCAAAUGCCGAAAGUCCUCAGGCCACAGCAAUUAGUACGAUAAGCAACAACAACAACAGCAAUAGCAACAGCAAUCUUAAAACUGCUUUAAACUCUCACAAUUCCUGCACAUCCGCAUCGACGUCUGCCUGCUCCUCCGCUACCGCCCCCUCCUCCUGCUCAUCCACCAGCAUAACAUCUUCAAGCUCAACACCCACCACAACUCCUGCUAAUAUGCUCAGCUCCACAUCCUGUUCGUCGGCCCAGUUAACAACGACCUGUACCAAAUUAUCUACGGACUGCAAUGGACGUACAGAAGUCGAUCACAUAAAAUGUGAGAAGAACUUUGAGGUCUGCGAGGGCUGUGGUCACAAAAUACACGAUCGUUAUCUCAUGAAUGUUGGCGAAACGAACUGGCAUGAAAAUUGUCUCUCCUGUUGUUACUGUGGCCUGCAAUUGCAUCAGACUUGCUAUGUGCGCAAUGGCAAGAUGUACUGCAAAAUGGACUAUGAGAGGAUAUUUGCCUUCAAAUGUGCCGCCUGCUGUCAUCCGAUUCUGCCACAGGAUAUGGUUAUGCGACCCCUGCCCAAUUUAAUAUUUCAUUUAUCCUGCUUCGUAUGCUUCGCCUGUCGCAUACCUCUACAAAAGGGUGAACAAUUUAUGCUGCGUGAUGGCCAGAUAUUGUGCUUUAGACAUGAUUUGGAUAAGGAAAUGUUUUUGGCGGCAGCUGCCCAGCAUUGUGGCUAUUUGGGUUUGGACGAUGACGAUCUGAUGAGGCCGCGUGAUGGCAGAAGGGGACCCAAGAGACCACGCACCAUUUUAACUUCUGCCCAGCGUAAACAGUUUAAGGCUUCCUUUGAGCAAUCUCCCAAACCCUGCCGUAAAGUGAGAGAGGCUUUGGCCAAGGACACUGGCCUGUCGGUGCGAGUUGUGCAAGUGUGGUUCCAAAAUCAAAGGGCCAAAAUGAAGAAAAUCCAAAGAAAGGCCAAAAACAAUAACAAUAGAGGGGGAGAGGACAAGGAUAAGGAGGGCAAAGACAAGGAGGGCAUAAAACAGGAAAUGGGUUCAGGUUCGGGUAGCGAAAAUGGUUAUCUGGGCAUGGACAACUCCUAUGCCACACAACCUUUGAAUCCAAACCUGCCCUUUUCUCCAGAUGAUUACCCCGCCAACUCAAAUGACAGUUUCUGCAGCUCAGAUCUUUCUCUGGAUGGCAGUAAUUUUGAUCAUUUGGAUGAUGAUGCAGACUCGCUGUCCCUUAACAACUUGGAACUGCAAUCGACCGGUUCUUCGGGGCAUCAUCACAAUUCCAAUCCCCAGGAUAUUUUAGCCAACUUAAACAAUAACCUCAUAAAUCCCAUUGACAAAUUGUAUCUAAUGCAGAACUCUUAUUUCCAAGGCGAUUCUUAAGGACAUGACCACGUGAGGCAGUGUCAAUGUGUGAAAUGUUUGAAUUCUCAAACUUUUGCAGAGAGAAAAAAAAUAGAAGAAAAAAAAAAACAAAUUAAUGUACGAAUUUAUUAGCCAGUAACAAAACGCAACGCAAACAAACAGACCGCAUACAGCAGAGAACGGAAGCCAAAGCCACUACAAAGCGGAAGGAAGUAAGUCGACGCGGCAACGGAAACGGAAACAAGCAUAACAACAUUUAUUAACUCGUAACAGAUGCAAUUUUUUCAGUCGAUAGUUUUUAGCCAGAAACAGAAACAACAACCAAAAUAGAAAUUAUUGUAAAACGGUA